GCUGUGCACUGUCUUCCUCUACUGCCAGUCGUACAUUCGUAGAAUGCUUCUAAAAUGCUUCUAAAAUGCUUCUCGAAGCCUUAAUAGAGGUGGGGUCGAAAAUAGGUACCUAUCAUUGGCCAGACACUUCGUACAUCAUCCCCCAUCCGUACUAGCGCCGCUGGCAUUCUAUCAACUGCUGGUCUUAUCCGUCGAGUAUUUGUAAACCCUGUACCCCUCGGACGAUCCUUAACCCUCAUCAUGCUGGCGGGGACUUCAUGUCAUACCAAAAGAGCAAGAAGUACGAGGCGCGAUGCCAUCACGACGCUUCCACAGCAAGAGCAGACACGGCUGCAUUGCCUGCAAGAAGCGAAAGGUCAAGUGUGACAUAGAGAGGCCAGUGUGUAGUAACUGCGCCAGGAGAAAAGAAGAAUGCGUCUAUCACCUUGGGGACGACCCUGCAUCCCCGCAUGCUUCUAGGGUUCCACCAGCCCAGGCUGAGACUGUGGCUAGUAACGUUAAUAGUAGUGGGAGCUCUGCUCUGAGAGUAAGGCGACAGGAGAAUGUUCCUCAUCUGUCGCAUGAGGCGGACUUGUCCUUUCUAGAAAGGUUCGUCUCUGAAGUCAGCCGGACGCUCUCCGGGAGCCCUGAAUCGCAGCAAACAUGGGCUCUGGAAAUUGGACGACGACCGAGCUUUCAGCCCAGCGCAUCGUAUCUGUCGCAUAUCAUAAUCGCAGUGUCCACUCUCCAUAUUUCGCUGACUCAGCGAUCAUUGACGGCGCAAGAAAGAACAUGGUAUCUGGAAAAAGGGCUCCAUCAUCAAAACGCAGCUCUAGUCCUAAUGCAGCCGGUUCUCGGGUCACUCAAGAACGAACGGAGUCAUAUAGAAGCUUUAUUCGGAGCAGUAUGGUUAGUAUUCCUCUUCAGCGUUUCGCUGCCGAGGCCAUCCGAGCGUAAAGACUGGAUUGUCGACCAGAUCGUCGAACUAAGUGAGCUGGCUAAGGGGGUGAUUGUCAUUAUCACAGCUAUAUGUGAUAUCUCCAUUGAGGACGAAGAGGAAAGAAGCACCAAGGUGAUGACUGGUCCGCUGCGGGCGUUUUUCGCGCAUUUCCUGCCUUGGAAACACCGUAGCGUAUCACCGUCUGCCCGACGAAGGAGUCUCCCGCCAUCCCUCCAGCAAAUCCUCGCCACGAUUGAAUCUGACGAGGCGUCAUCAUCUUCCUCGCCUGCUAUUAGCCCGGCCAAACGCGAGCUGUAUUACCACGCCAUCGAUGAGCUGGCGCAAACCAUUACUGCAUUGACCUUCAACUUUAGACAUCCCGCGAUAGUCUUCAUGUGGCUGAUUGGCACGCACCGCGGGUUUAUGGAGCUGGUUGCACAGCGUGAUGAGCUUGCGCUGAGGAUAUUCAGGAUUUAUGGGAUCUGGGCGACUCGGGUUGAUUGGGUUUGGUUUGUGCGGAAUUGGGGGAGAAGUGUUGUCGAGGGCGCUGAGAUGGCGUUGAAUCAGAAGUGA